AUGGCUCCGCAGAGCAUCUCCCCCGGCACCCAGGACAUCUCCCACUUGCUGGCUAGCGUCUUUGAGGACCUGUACACUGGAGAAGUUUUCGGGGAGGACAUAGAGACAAGUUGGAUCAAGUCCAAAGGAGGAGAUGAUGUUUAUCAUGAGAGCUUUACAGAGGAGCUACAGAAGCUUCUCGCUGAGUAUAAGUGCCGACUGACAGAAGCUGACAGAGCAGAAGAGAACAUAAUUUGGGCCCAGAAUCGAGCGAAAGCUGAAGAACAAAGGGUCCUAAAACUGCAGAAGGCAGAUGUGGGGGAAGAUUUCCACAAACUGGGAUUGCCAACAGUGGCAUCCCCUUUUAGGUGGAUUGUGGAUAAUGAACUUCUCAGAGAAAAUCAUUUAACCUGCCCUGAUGAUUACAUCACUGAUAAAUUACCCGUCACUAGAGCACCGAAAGGAAAAUCAGAACCUGGCUACCUCAAAGAGACAUUUAGUUUUAAACAGCGUGCUCCUUCAGUCUCACUGGACCAGCUGCGUGCAGAGUUUGCACACCUACGGCAAAUAUCUGGCAGUCUGCAAAAUGUGUCUUUAUCCACAUUAACUCUGCCUUCAACUCCAGACAAGAAGCAUCAGAUUAAAAGGACAAGUAAGAAAACCAAUGCCUCACAGAAAUCAGCCUGGAAAGACAGUAAGUACAAAGCAGAGGAAGAAAGUGCACGUGCUUACCCUGCCAGACUUCAGAAAAGACAGAACUACUUGAAGAACCCCCACUUAUUCCCACCAAAUGCUCUUCAUGGAGGCAAAUCUCGUGUCCUUUCUCAAGAAAAGGUGGAGCAAAUCAUUGCCAGAAGAAAAGCAGAAGAUAAUAAAGGAGUUACCUCAUUUGUUCCUGUGUUUCUUGCCAAUCCACCUACAGUUUUGUUUUCUGAUUAUGAAGUUGGCCAGGUUUAUGAGAUGACUAUAGAGCUGCAGAACAUCACUUCAACAGGUCAUCACGUAAGAGUUAUCCCCCCCUCUACUUCAGCAUUUACUGUUGGGCCAGGAAAAUUUCCAGGAAAGGGAGGAAUGGUUGCUCCUGGGAUGACGUGCCAGUACACAGUCCGAUUUAUUCCUGAGUAUCUGGGAGAUUAUGAAGAUUCUAUGGUAGUGGAGACUCAAGCAUCAGUACCUCUUCUGAUCCCGAUUCAAGCUAAAAGACAGCCUCCAGUGUUGACGUUGCCUUGCCUUGUAGACUGUGGUUUCUGCCUUGUUGGAGGAAUAAAAGUAAUGAUGAUUUUGUGCAGAAAUGAGGGAUCUCACCGUGGGAAGUUUUGUAUAACGCCAAAGAAGGACUGGCCACUUUCUGAUUUUGAGGCUGUUGCCACUGUUGGAUUUGUGAUACAGGAUCCUUUUGGGAUCCGUCCCGCUGUUUUUGAGCUAGCUCCAGGGGAGAGUACGACAGUAGAGGUAGUGUUUUUCCCUUCUUCUCCAGAAUUCUCACAGCAAAUAUACACCAUUGUUUGUGACAGUUGCCAGUUCAGUGAUUUUACAGUCACAGGGGUUGGAGAGCUGAUAGCUGUGGAGCUCUUGUCUGUCACGGGUGGAGAAAGCAAACCUGAACUCGGUGAAGUUACUGAUGUAACAGCACAGCAUCUCAUACGAUUUGACCCCCAAAACCCACACAUCACCGAGGAGAAGAAAUUGGUUAUAAGAAACUCUACCCACAUACAGCUUCCUUUCUACUGGCAGAAAGUGAAGCCUAAUCUGAAACCACUAAUCCCUGAAGAAACUGCAGACUUUAUGAAGCUCAAAUACGAAAGAGACACUGAGUCAGCCUUCUCCCUGAAUCCUGAGCAGGGAGUUCUGCUUCCCCAGGCUGAUCAUGAGUUUAUUCUCACUUACACUCCACAGGAGGUGAAGAGUUACCACAGCGUGAUUCAGAUGGUACUGAGGGACAUCCCAGAAUCACCUUGUUUAAUAAAAGAGGGGAUGCUUCAGGGCAACCCAGAAUGCAAAGCAGGGGAUGCAAAAGCACUGGAAAUAGAAGUUAAAGGAUCAACAGAACCCUUUCUCCUUCUUCUGGAACCGUACGCCAUUAUCAUCCCUGGAGAAAACUUUACUGGUGUAAACGUCAGAAAAAAAUUCAAGAUGUGGAAUAACAGCAAAUCAGUGAUCAAGUUCACAUGGGAGAAAAGCAUCCUCUGUGAGAUUAUGGAAGUCGAACCUCAUACUGGCAUCAUAGAUAUGAAUCAGUGCUGUAAGUUUGAACUGGCAAUUACUGGAACCAAACCUGGCCGUGUUAGCCAUAACCUGCAGUGUAAAAUUGAACACUGUCCAGAGCCGGUUGUGCUGCACGUUGAGGCUGCUUUUAAGGGUCCACUUCUUUCUAUUGACGUUCCAUCACUGCAGUUAGGUUUGAUUAAGCAGGGUGAGACUGUGGUAAGAACCUUUGAGAUUAAAAAUCUGUGUCAGCUGCCAGCACAAUGGAGAAUGCAAGAAAGCCAGGUCUGUCUGGCUGAAAGGAAUGAAGAGGUAUCUCCCUUUACCAUUCAACCGUCUGCUGGAGAAAUACCUCCUUUGGGUAUAUGCAGUGUGUCAGUUCAGUUCACAUCACUGCUGUGCCAGCGUCUCCAGACAAUAUUAGAACUAGAGGUAGAAAAUGGAGAAGGAAGUCAUCUUCCUGUUUUUGUUGAAGUUCAGACCCCCCAAGCGUGCCUGAUAUCUAGUCAUCUGGUAUUCACUGAGAUUUAUACCGGGGUUCCUGCCAAAGCAACCAGCAAACUUUUUAACCAGACACUGCUGCCAGCAAAAUACUUAUGGGGAAAGCUCAUUGGAAGUCAGGCAGCUUUCUGCUCUGCUGCUGUCUCCCCAGCCAGUGGCACCCUAGGCCCACAUGAAGAGAAAGAAUUCUGCAUAGAGCUGUCAGCUAACAUUGUGGGUGAGCUGAAAGACCUUGCCCUUUCCUGUAGCAUAGAAGACAUGAUCAAACCUCUCUUUCUGAGCAUUUGUGGAGAAGUGAAAGGACUGCAUGUCACCUACUCGAUACCUUGUGACAGUGAAGUUGCCAGCGAUGAAAGACAAACGCUACAAAGCCCAUGUGAUCUUCUCUUGGACUUUGGAUCUGAAGUUGCAUUCAAAGCCAUCGUAAAGCGUCAGCUGAUUCUUACCAACCACACUGGAAUCUGUGCUCCGUUCAAACUAGAAGCUGAGUAUUUUACUGACUGUUCACUUACUCCAGAGCAAGGAAUCUGCCCCUCCCCCAGCUGCCUGGUGACAAGAAGAGGGCCCACCGCAAAACGCGCAGCCAGAAGAGCAGAGUCAGCGUUUGCAGCAGCAGUGCUGUCUCAUGGGAAGGGAGUCGCUUUCCAUCUACAACCUUCCACAGGAACCCUGCAAGCCUUCCAGCAGCUGAUGAUAGAAAUAACAGCUUACAACAACAUGUGGGGGGAGUACCGGGAUGAUCUUGUCUGCAAGGUGGGAGACUUACAACCUACAUUAAUUCCUAUGCAAAUGACUGUGAAAGGCUGUCCCAUCUUCCUGCAGAUGACAGGACCACAAACAGAGCAACCCAUAAUCAGGUUUGGCACUCAGGUCUCUGGAGGCUUUCCUGUCAUUCGAAGGCUCCAGCUCAACAAUCCCACCCCCUGUGACAUCCGCCUGGACUGGCAAAUUUACAACCAGGAGCAAGAUGACAAGCUGGUGGACCUGUUGAUGUUCUGUGGAGACCCUUUUCCUCCUAAGGACACGGAUGAAAAUGGGACUGCAUCGAUUGGUAGCACCUCGGAGUCAGAGAUCGCGUUAAAGUUGGAUGAAGCCGCUGUUCCCUGCGGAAGCAUUUAUCCAGCUUCGCAAACCACAGAUGAGUCUCCAGACUCUGACAGCAAAGAGAAGGAAAUCAUCACUCAAGAUCCUCCAGUGCAGAAAAUAAUCUCUGUAGUCAUACGACCUCAUGAAGGGGUUCCUGCAGACAACCCCUUCUCCGUUGCUCCAAGACAGAUAGUGGUCCCAGGAGGGGGCAGCAGCUCCGUUUGCAUCGCCUUCACCCCACGGGUCCUGCCUGAGGCCGUGCCCGAAGUGCAGUGCGAAGGGUUUGCGCUGGGUUUCAUGAGCCUGGACGACAAGCUUGCAAAGACGGUGCCUAACAAAGUGCAUCGCAGCCACGGCUACGACGCUCCACCGUUUCGAAUAGACUUGGAAGCUUUCACAAGGCUGGCUCUGUUAGAAAUAAGCACGGAUCACGACGGGGAAAUGGUGUUUUAUUCGAUGGCGAGUGAUCUCGUACCGGAUCCGCCGCUGGUGGGAGUUUUGACAGAUUCGGUAAUGACUCAGAGUUUGAAACUCAUCAAUCGCACUAAGAUUCCUCUGUACUUCAGGCUCCUUCUGUCUGCGCCCUUCAGCCUGUCCACCACCGAUUCCAAAAAGAGCUCCAAAACAUCCCACAGCAAGAAGGAGGAAGAACAGCAACCACAACAUGUACUUUAUCCGCAGCAAAACAUGCUGGUGAAAGUGUCAUUCCACACAACCCUGGAGUUACUCACAUAUCAGCAUUUGCCAGAUACCCAGCUGCUUCCUGGCUUCCAAGUGCUCCAGCUGGAGAACGGAGAGAGAAAGCUGAAGUUUAGUCAAAAUCUGACCAUUGAGCACAGCAACCGCAGUACCCAGCUGGUCCCAGUGACUGCCUACCUCACUGUUCCUGUUCUGGAGCUCUCUUGCGACACGGUGGAUUUCAAGACCUGCUUUGUUGCACAGACCAAGACAGAACGUGUCUUCCUGUAUAACAGGAGUGGCUGUAGGAGUUACUGGACUGCUCUGCUGGAUGAGCGGAGAAGGCACAACGACCUGGAAGUAUUUUCCGUCUCCCCUACUCACGGCGUUUUGGAGGCACGCGAAGGGGACUCACCUACCAAAGCGGUUUUGGAGAUCAGCUUCACUCCACGGAAUGACAUUGAAUAUGAAACCAUCGUGACGGUUACGGGGAUGCUCGGAGAGAAGUCUUGCAAGAUACAGAUCAGGGGACGCGGAACAUACGAUGAAAAGUAUGAAGACCUGUAUUUCAUUUAA